AUGGCGGAGCCCGCCACGGCGUCGGCGUCGGGGAGGAAGACGCGGGUGGGCCCGUACGAGGUCGGCAAGACCAUCGGGGAGGGCAGCUUCGCCAAGGUGAAGCACGCCCGCGACUCCCGCACCGGCGCCGUCCGCGCCAUCAAGGUGCUCGACCGCAACCACGUCCUCCGCCACAAGAUGGUCGAGCAGAUGAAACGGGAGAUUUCGACUAUGAAGCUAAUCAAACAUCCUAAUGUGGUCCAGCUGCAUGAGGUUAUGGCGAGUAGAACGAAGAUAUACAUGGUUCUUGAAUUUGUUGAUGGAGGCGAGUUAUUCGAUAAGAUCGUCAAUUCUGGAAGGCUAGGAGAGGAUGAAGCUAGGAUAUACUUUCAUCAACUUAUAAAUGCAGUUGAUUAUUGCCAUAGCCGAGGAGUGUACCAUAGAGAUCUGAAGCCAGAGAAUCUGCUUCUGGAUUCACAUGGAGCUCUUAAAGUUUCAGACUUCGGCCUAAGUGCAUUUGCACCACAAACAAAAGAGGACGGGCUUCUGCAUACUGCUUGUGGAACUCCAAACUAUGUAGCACCUGAGGUGCUUGCUGAUAAAGGCUAUGAUGGUAUGGCUGCAGAUGUAUGGUCCUGUGGCAUAAUCUUAUUUGUUCUUAUGGCCGGAUACUUACCCUUUGAUGACGCCAAUCUGAUGAGACUGUACAAACUGAUCUGCCAAGCAAAUGUUUCUUGCCCGCCAUGGUUUUCUUCUGGAGCGAAGAAGUUUAUUAAGCGCAUUCUCGAUCCUAAUCCUGAUACCAGGAUCACAAUUGCAGAAAUUUUGGAAAAUGAAUGGUUCAAAAAAGACUAUAAACCACCAUGUUUUGAACAAGGUGAAGAUGUUAGCCUUGACGACGUUGAUGCUGCAUUCAAUGAUUCAGAGGACCGUCUUGUGUCAGAGAAAAGAGAAAAACCAGAAUCCAUGAAUGCAUUUGCUCUUAUUUCGAGGUCACAGGGCUUCAACCUUGGAAAUUUGUUUGAAAAGGAGAUGAUGGGAAUGGUAAAGAGGGAAACAUCUUUCACGUCUCAAUGCACAGCACAGGAAAUCAUGACAAAAAUAGAGGAUGCAUGUGGGCCACUUGGUCUCAACGUGCGGAAACAAAAUUACAAGAUGAAAUUGAAAGGUGACAAAUCUGGAAGAAAAGGUCACUUAUCUGUUGCAACUGAGGUUUUUGAGGUUGCUCCAUCACUCCACAUGGUUGAGCUUCGUAAAACUGGAGGAGACACAUUGGAGUUCCACAAUUUCUACAAGAAUUUCUCAUCAGAGCUGAAAGAUAUCGUGUGGAAAGCUGAAUCUGACGCAAUUGUACACAAUCCAUAUGAAGAGGCCCUCCCUGAGAUGCUCCAAACACUGCAAUGGGAUGUCAAAAUAGCUAUCCUGAAUGCUUUGGUUGUCACCGGGGUUGAGUGCCUUUCUUUUAUGAAAAUGGCGAAUGAUGUAUGA